GACAUGAUUCGUGUGCCUGACUAGGCUUUCGAAGCGGUCGGCUUGGAACUGAGAGGAAUGGGCCAAGACACUGCAUAUCAUCCUGGCCUUUACCUGACAACAGCCCAGAGGGAAGCGGUGGAGGCUCUGAUCCAGGAGCUCCCCAAGUUCAUGCUAAAAGCGGUGCCGACGGACUGCAGCGAGUGCCCGAUCUGCCUGGAAGAGUUCAAGGUGGGGAACGAGGUGUGUGGCCUCCCGUGCGCACACAACUUCCACGUGGAGUGCAUCGACCAGUGGCUGCGGCUGAACGUCAAGUGCCCGCGGUGCCGCUGCUCAGUGUUGCCCAACCUGGACCUGAGAGCGCUCAACGGCAUCCGCUCCAGCAGCGAGAUGCUGCAGCAGGACCGCCCCUCGGGAGCAUCAGCUCUUACAACUGGUAAUUUCAGAAGUACAUAUGGAGAUGCUACGACUCUUACAACUGGAAGCAUCAGAAGUACAGAUGGAGAGAACAACCGUUUGGCAAAGGCUUUGCUUGCUUAUAACUGGGAUCCUAUAUCUCAUUCACCGCCGGAGCACGAGGACGAAGGCAUUCGUGGCGGCCGGCGCCGGAGCAGCACCCGAUACGUCUUCGCCUGCUCCGUCUUCGCCUCCCUCAACUCCGUGCUCCUCGGAUACGGUACGUCCUUCUCCCAAUCUCCGGCCGCCGUCGUCCCCGAUGAAGAUUUCAUUUCGCUUCGGCCAUAA